CUUUUCUCCGAUUUGUUUAUAAGUCAGCCUUACCAGGAACAUUUCAACCAGAUUCUCGGGUCCAAAGUCACGUCAUGUUUGAUACUGUGUCGCCGCCGCCGCCGAUCUGCUGGAAAGGUGGAACAAGAAAAUAAGGACCUCAGGAACGGAUGCUCCGUGGAAGACGAAAGGGGGGAGCAGUAGCAGCAGAAGCAGAAGCAGAAGCAGCAGCCGCCUCCGUGCCGUUUUCAGACGAUGUCCGAAGCCUCGCAGCAGCAGCGGGCGUCGCGGAACGCAGCACGCGCUGAGAGAACAACAACCUCCUGUGGGGAGUGCAGGCGGAGGAAGCAGAAGUGUGAUCAAGGUCAGCCAUGUAGCAACUGCCUCCGCCGUUUCCCUCAACCAGUUUGCGAGUAUCGUGUGGGCAACCGCAUACCGGGAACGUCUACCUUCCUGACGCCGGCCAGAGCAGGAGGUCGUGGUCCUCUUCUCUCAACACUCCCAGGAGUAAGUCCUCCCCUGAUACAAACGUCUCAGUCAACAAGACCACUCGGGAGUCCCUCUGUCGCCGGCUGGGCUGUAUCAGACCUCUCGACGUCACAUCCAAGCCCCAGUUCGGAAUCGGCAGUAUAUCAAUCUACGACUGGUGCACAACGGUUAGAUUCAGAGCUCCUCAAUAUCGACGCAGAAUGUCUUCCGCCAUCGGUUUCGUGGCUUCCACUGGCCAAUCCUGACCGCAGCGUACUCGAUGCCGAUACCUUCCAAGCAUCGCAGCAAGUCUUGUCACAUCGACUAGCAGUCCCAAAGUUGGUUUUCGACAACUUGGAAACGGUCCUUGAUGAAGACAACACUCCCCAGCACGGGCUGAGUCCUGGAGCUUGGUCACAUCCAGCAGAGUCUAGGAUACAAUUCCCUGGGCGACCAGCCAGCGGUAUAGACGAGCAGAUAGCACUUUUGCCCGUGGACCAAACCCCCUUGAACAAGAAAUUACUCAGACUGUAUAUCGCGGUUCUCUCGCGCUUCAAAGCUUCUAUCAAUGGCGACCCGAGCCCCAACAAUCCCUUUAUCCGUCACUACUCUCCCUUCUGCCUUCAAGAUCCGCUGGUGAUGCGGAUCAUUCUCUACACCUCGGCCUGCUUCCUCCACGAGACUGGGGAUGUACGGACCGAUGUCCUGCGGACUUACAAAGGCCAAGCCAUCGCAAUGCUCAACAAGAAUCUAACAACGGACAGCAGCAAAAGCAGGGCGUCAAACACCACCGCAGUCACCGCAGAAGACGCAAACAGUUCAACCACCCCGGGAACACAAAAGCCCGGCGAUGCGGCCAUCGCCGGCGUCAUUCAGCUUACCGUGGCUGAAUGGUACUGGGGCGAAUCGGACCAGGACCUACGAUACCACCUCAUGGGCUUGCGAGAUAUGAUCAGGUUACGCGGCGGCUUCAAUCAACUCGGCAUGGACGGCCUCUUGGCGAAAAACGCCAUCGUUCACGAUGUCUCCAUAUCCCUCGCCCACGAAAACAGCCCACUACUACUGACUCUGUCGCCCUCGGACGACGACCGUGAAGGCGGAGGAAGCGGAUGCAAAGGGUCGACGGGGUCAGCGACAGCAGGAGAAGCGGCAAAUUCAGCACGUCGGGUCUUGGCGACGCCAUACGCCUUCGUCGACCCUAUAAAGGACGUUCCCCUUCGCAUGGCGAAUCUAUCGCCCUUGGUUUCCCAUCUACCGCCUAGCGGAUCACUCCCGUCUUUCUCCGAUUGCGCCACGAGUCUGCGCAUCCACCCGGCGACGGCCUCGAUACUCGACAAUGUGAGAUAUCUUUUCUGCGUCGUCGACGCGAUUUACGAUGAAUCGACGACAUCAGCCAACACAACUACCCAAGCCUCGCUAGAGGCCCGAUCGAUGGGAAAGUACAUGUAUGAAUAUGUCAUCGGUCUUCACCCAACCACACCUGGACAUCGCCAAAGUCUCUCCUCAGAUCCUCCGACUCGAACGAGCUCGCCGCCCAAUAGCAAUUAUUCCGCCGCCUUCGACAGAGAAUCCAUACGAAGCAGGAGUAUGUCCAGCACAGGUACGGCAGCCGGGCCUGGCUCCGUUGGCCCGGGCCGAUCACCUUCGGGUCCGAAUUCCGACUCCACCACGACAUCCGAAUGGUCGUCAACCAAGUCACAUACCCGAGACGCUAGCGAUUCUCCGACGAAACCUCGAUCCGUAUACCACCAGCAGCAGAGUCCGGACUUCAUGUACCAGGUUAUCCGAAUGACAGCGUUACUUUACACGCGGGCCGUCAUGACCCGGACGCCGCUGAGCGGGACAUGCACGGAAUCAGAAUUUCUGCAGAUCUGGACGACGACAUGGCGCGUACCCCUGUCGACAUGGAACGACGCGGUGGGCAUAUUUCACUGGAUUACGCUGGCUAUCGCGCCGGCAUGCCACCGGACGCCGCACGCGCGCUUUGUGAAGAACAUGGUAACAAUCAGCACCCUCACGCUCGGAGUGGAAAACUGGGCAAUGGCUAUGGGUGCCGCGUCGACCGGCAUGCGGCUGCAGCAUUGGCUCGAGGGUCAAGACAUGGGAGAGCAGGAGGAGUGGGAAGAGUAGAGGAGGAGGAGAGGGAUGGAGCGGCAUCAGCAAGAGGAGGACGGCGCUCCGGGCGCGAAGAGCGGUGAGUGGGUGUGUAGCCAAGAAACACACGACGAUUGCUGAAGAGACUCCUC